AUGAUACACUCAUAUAUCUUUCUUACUCAGUCCUUUGGGUAAACCACACCCUCACUCUAGAAAAAUGGGGUCUCGUACACAAAACCUCUCUUUUCUUAUCUUCCUCUUCCUUGGCUUUCUUGCCGUCUCCUUCGCUUGCGACUGUAGCCCUCCUAAACCAUCACCUCACCCCCACAAACCGCCUAAACAUCCUAGCAAACCGCCUAAACCACCGGCAGUAAAACCUCCCAAACCACCCACCGUCAAACCACACCCACACCCUAAACCCCCUACCAAACCGCCCACUGUCAAACCACACCCACAUCCGAAACCCCCUACCAAACCUCAUCCCACCCCGAAACCACCCACGAAACCGCCCACCGUUAAACCACCUCCGUCCACCCCGAAACCACCCACGAAACCGCCCACCGUUAAACCUCCUCCGUCUACCCCGAAACCACCCACGAAACCGCCCACUGUUAAACCACCUCCGUCCACCCCUAAACCACCCACUCAUACGCCUCCACCCGUCGUAACGCCGCCAUCACCGUGCCCACCGCCACCGCCAUCACCGUGCCCACCGCCACCUGUUGUUACGCCACCAACACCAAGCCCACCGGUCGUAACACCGCCAACACCAACUCCACCUAAGCCAGAGACUUGCCCAAUCGACACGUUGAAGCUAGGCGCUUGUGUGGACGUUCUUGGAGGUUUGAUUCACAUCGGGCUUGGUAAAACGCACGCGAAAGAAAAGUGUUGUCCGGUUUUGGGAGGUUUAGUUGACCUAGACGCAGCCGUUUGCUUAUGUACCACCAUUAAAGCCAAACUUCUCAACAUCGACCUUAUCAUCCCAAUUGCUCUUGAGGUUCUUGUCGCCUGUGGAAAGACUCCACCACCUGGCUUCAAAUGUCCAGCUUGAUUAAUGAAGAGUCUCCGAAGCUUUCGUUUUUGUAGAAUGUGUUGGAUUGAUGAUCUCUUUUGAUGAGAGGUUAAUGUGCGUGUGUGCGAGGUUUAAUCACUUGUUUCAUUUGAUACAAUAAAAAGGGUUUAUUUGUGUUUUCUUUUUAUCUUUAGUCAAAGGUUUAUUUGUGUUUUCAUGUUGUACUUUUAAUAAGAAGAAAAACUGUAAAACGGUAUCCUUUUCUAAAUAUUAAACAAGUGUGUAUCUGUGUACGCAGUAUGCUUA